CUAUCUGAUAAUUUCGUUUACUCAUACAUUGCUGACGAUUCUUUGGGAGUGUCAGUAGACCAUUAUCAGUUGUAAAACACAGAAGAAGAACGAUGGCACAGUAUUUUGAUUAUAUCCACGGUACUCCCUCUCUUCGUCCAGAUCCAAAUUUCAACCCGGAAGCCGACUGUACUAAAUUGUACAAGGCUAUGAAAGGGUUGGGAUGCAACGAUAAGGUUAUUGUUGAUGUAUUUGGUAGGAGAAGUUUCGACCAGAGAGCUGAUAUUAGAAAGCAGUUCAAGACUAUGUAUGGUGAUGACCUGGAAAGUAGACUGAAGAGUGAGCUAAGCGGCAACUUAGAGACUGUUGUCUUGGCAUUAUGCAGAGAUAGAUUCACUUAUGAUGCUGAACAACUCAAUCGAGCGAUUAAGGGCUUGGGAACCGACGAAGAUCUUUUGAUAAGUAUUAUUUGUACGAGAAAUCCAUCGGAAAUGGAGGCGAUAAAACAAAGGUAUAUGGAGUUGUAUAAACGUACGCUAGAGGACGAUGUAGUUGGAGAUACUUCCGGGGAUUUUCGUCGUUUUCUGGUUGCUCUUCUACAAGCCGGAAGACCAGAUAAUUUCAGAGAGGUUGAUAUAAAUUUGGCCAAGAAAGAUGCCCAAGACCUAUACGCUGCCGGUGAGAAAAGAUGGGGAACAGAUGAAUCAACUUUUAAUAGAAUUUUAUGCAGCAGGAGCUUCUCUCACUUGAAAAGAGUUUUCUACGAAUAUCAAGUGCAAACUGGAUCUGAUAUUGAGAAAGCCAUUGAUGGUGAAAUGGGCGGCGAUGUCAAGAAGGCAAUGCUAACGCUAGCCCGUUUCGUUAAGAAUAAGGAAGCUCAGUUCGCCAAAGCUCUUCUUAAGUCUAUGAAAGGAUUGGGAACUGAUGAUGAUACCCUGAUUAGAAUCAUUGUGUCGAGAUGCGAAGUUGACAUGGAAGAAAUUAAGAAGGAAUUUCUAGGACUUCCUGAAAAUAAAAGCAAGAAAACAUUAGCAAAAUGGAUUCAGGAAGAUACCUCUUCGAACUAUGAGAAAAUACUAUUGGCUUUAAUUGGAUGUUAA